AGAAUAAGCAGCAUGCAGAGGGAAAACUUCUGGGCAAACAACAUCCACUGCGGAAAAUGGUCUAUGUCGCGGGAAUAGUUGUGCUGGUGUUCUCUCUGGCAGUGGAGGCCAGAGUUGGUGAUUCUAGUGAAUCCGACUUAUGCACAGAGACAAAGGAAUGUCUUCUGUAUAACCUCACCUGCACAGGUGAGGAGUAUGAGGUGCGCCACUACGAGACCACUAAAUGGGUGUCUGCUGAUGUGGAAUCCGUCUUUAUGGAAGUGGCCAUGAACAGAGCUUUCUGGAAACUCUUCAAAUACAUCCAGGGGGAGAAUAAUGCUGGCAUGAAGAUUGACAUGACUGCGCCCGUUGUCAUCAAAACCAAGGACAGCACAAACAUAUGGAAGUCGUCAACCUACACCGUCAGUUUCCUCCUGCCCUCGACUUUCCAACACAGCCAGAGUCCUCCCUUCCCCACUGAUAGUAGUGUGUACUUCAGUGUGAUGCCAGACAUGAAGGUGUAUGUGAAAAGCUAUGGGGGCUGGUUGAUUGGUCUCACCUCAAGAAUGAAAUCACGCAGCCUGAGGGAGUCACUGGAUGCUGUUGAUGCGUCCUACACCAAGGGUUACCACUACGACGUUGGCUAUGACAGCCCUAUGAAGAUGACAAACAGGCACAACGAUGUGUGGUACUUAGUGGAGGGAGAGCCUGUGUGUCCAGCAGCUGCUGAAUGAGAACUCUCACUAGAGGGAGCUGUCACCGAUGAGGAGGAGGGAGUUCUGUCCACAUUACAUCAGCAUCAGCUAACUACUUGAUUUUGCAGGGACCAUUAAUUGUGCCAUGUUUCUCCUAUUGAGCAGAGGGAAUAAUAUGACUCUCUGUGCUAGUCCUGUUUUAGGACGUCGUUUUGUAAAAUGUAUUUUGAUAGUCUAUCCAUAUCUUGAUCUUUACCACUACAACGCACCAUUGCAUUUAUUGUGUUGGGAACUAAAUAAAGUUGUCAUUGUUUCUCAAGCCGUA